CCGAUGGAGCCGGGCGGCGGGACGGGGCCGGGAACGGGCGGCGGCGGCUGCUUCCUGUACUACGCGUACGGCAGCAACCUGCUGCGGGAGCGGCUGCUGCUGGGCAGCCCCUCGGCCGUGCUCUGCGCCCUGGCGCUGCUGCAGGAUUUUAAGCUUGAGUUUGGCCAUCAUCAAGGCAGGACAAGUUCUGUCUGGCAUGGAGGUACAGCUACCAUUGUUCAGAGCCCUGGAGACGAAGUAUGGGGAAUAGUGUGGAAAAUGAACACUAGCAAUUUAAGUUCACUGGAUAAGCAAGAGGGAGUUGAAGCUGGCAUUUAUGUCCCAAUAGAAGUUAAUGUCCACACUCAAACGGGACAGGUACUGACCUGCCGAAGCUACCAAAUGAAGGACUAUGUCUGUGGUCCCCCUUCUCCUCACUAUAAAAAGGUUAUCUGCAUGGGUGCAAAACAGAAUGGCUUGCCAACUGACUAUCAAAAUAAAUUAGAAGCUAUUGAAACUAAUAACUAUGCAGGACCGGUGCCAAUCAUGGAAGAGAUUGAAGCAGCUGUUAAGGCAACGAAAAUAAAUUCUUCAUAGAAUACCUCUGCACUUGCUUGGUUAUUCACCUUGACCUAGGUAUCUCUCCUCACUGUGCUGAUCAGCAGUUUAUUUAUCAAGAAAAGAUGUUUGCUGUGUAUCUACAGUAAGCCAUUAGACAUAAUUUGAGGUCUGAAGACACGCUGACGUUGGUAACUUUUUUGUGUGUAUAGCUUGACUACAUGCUGAAGUUUUUGCAGAUUUGGAAAUUAUCCUUUUGUAAUUGUCAUGCAGUGCUGCAAAUAAAUUUCUGCUUCAUGUCCUGCUUAUAGACUUUUUAAAAGAAGGCUGUCGUGCUAGGUACUGGCAUCUCUUGCCCUCUGAGCAAUAAGGGCUGCAGGAUCAUGCCCUUCAUUUUUAAAUACUGUGUACACAAUUACCAAGAUUUGUUACAGUGCAAAGUAGGCUCAAAACUCUAAAUGGAGACUAAACUUUUUUCCUUUGCUGCUUCUUUUAAUGCUUUAAACCCCAACCUAUCUGAAGCUAUGGAGCUCCUGUUUCUGUUUAUAUAGUUAGUAAAGAAAGUAAUUUUUUUUAAGUAUCUCCAUGUUUUUUAAGUGUUAGACCAAAAGGCAACUGAGGCCUGAAGACAACAUUCAGCAAAGGAUCUCAAAGCAUAACGGCCUCCUCCUUUCUAUGUCUCGUAAUCAUCACAGGUGAACUGGUUAGGUAUAGCCAACAGGUUUUUUAAUCAUUUUAGUUAGGUAAUUUCAAGGUUCUUUAACUUUUUUAACUGGUAUGUUGCUUAUCUAGGCCUUGGUCUCGUGUCCAGGGAAAUCAGGAAGACUCCUGAGUCCUAGUGCAUUUAUUUAAUGGUUUUGUUUGCUUGUUAAACCCCAGAGGAACAGAUUUGGCCACUUCUCCCCACUCCCCUGGCUUUGACAAUCUUCUGCAAAAGUGGAAGCUCUUCUAACAAUUACAGUACUUCUCUUUAUGGUACUUAGCAACCCUUGUACCUAGUCCGUGGGGGACAAGAGGACUUUGUCUACCUGGAAGAUGUCAAACAACAAAACUUGGAUGUCUGUAUUUUUCUCUCUUGAUGAACAGAGGGGGUGUGAGAUGUCAUUUGUGCCACCUGUGUGAAUGCUUAGACAAAUGACGGAGGAACAGACUUGCUGGAUCUUCUGUGUAUAAAUUUUUUCUGUUAACUUCUGCCAGGGACGAAUAGGUGCUCUCUUGAUGUCAUAUGCCCAUUUCCAGAGCUGGGCGCUGUGACUGCAGUAAAACACGCUAUUUCCAGUAUUAGCAGUGUCUAGUCUGAAACAGUAAAUAAAAUCGUGAUUACCAGACA